AUGGUUCGACUGACCUUGGAUCUAAUUGCCAAAAACAGCAAUCUUAAGCCCCGAAAAGAAGAAACCAUUUCACAGUGCCUGAAGAAAAUAACUCAUAUAAAUUUUUCAGACAAAAACGUAGAUGCAAUUGAAGACCUCUCUCUUUGCAAAAAUCUUAGCGUUUUAUAUUUAUAUGAUAACCGUAUUAGUAAAAUUGCUAACUUGAAUUAUGCCACAAAUCUAACCCAUCUAUACCUACAAAACAAUUGUAUUUCAUGUAUAGAGAACCUCAGGUCAUUAAAGAAACUGGAAAAACUGUAUCUGGGAGGCAAUUACAUUGCUGUCAUAGAAGGUUUGGAAGGAUUGCAAGAACUAAGAGAGCUUCAUGUUGAGAGUCAGAGGCUUCCCCUUGGAGAGAAACUUCUGUUUGAUCCAAGAACUCUUCAUUCUCUGGCAAAAUCUCUCUCUAUAUUGAAUAUCAGCAAUAAUAAUAUUGAUGACAUAAGAGACUUAGAAGUACUGGAGAAUCUUAAUCAGCUCAUAGCAGUUGACAACCAGCUUCUACAUGUGAAGGAUCUGGAAUAUUUACUGAACAAGUUGAUGAAGCUGUGGAAAAUGGAUCUAAAUGGAAAUCCUGUUUGUCUUAAACCAAAAUACAGGGACAGACUGAUACUGGUGUCCAAAUCACUGGAAUUUCUUGAUGGAAAAGAAAUUAAAAGUAUAGAAAGACAAUUCCUAAUGAAUUGGAAAGCAUCCAAAGAUGCCAAGAAAAUCAGCAAGAAAAGGAACAAUAAAAACGAGGAUGAAAACAACUCGUACAUAAGUAACUUUGAAACAAUGCAUCACAUAGUUCCUGUUUAUUACCCACAGGUGGGUAAGCCAAAAUUAGUGUUUUUCUAUGAAAUACAGAGAUACCAUGUAAAUAGAAAUGCAUCUCCAGAAAGCUCCCAAGAAGAUAACAUCCAAAUUAUUGAAAACAUGGGGAAUCUCUCCUUGAAGGAAUCUGAAAGCUUGCUGACAAAAAACGAUGCACACGAACCUCACCUUCUCCACAUCCCAAAAGUCAAAGAAAAUUUCUUUGUGGAAAACGAGUAA